AUGGGUGGAGGUGGGUCGAACCCGGAUCCGCAGUCCAGUUAUGCGGAGUUCAGGGUACAGAAUAACAUUUGGGGAGCGAAGUUCCUGGACAGGACUUCGUGGGAUUGGUUGAAGGGGAAAGGGAAGGAUGAUUCCGUUCCGUCUCACUUAUGGAGGAUACACGAUGGAUUAUACGACCUGGAGGAAUUUGCAUCACGGCAUCCCGGAGGGGAAUCUUGGAUCCGGAUCACUCGGGGAUCCGACAUCACCGAAGCGUUCGAGGCGUCGCAUGUCCAUCCGGACGUUCCAGAGGGGCUGUUGAAGAAAUACAGAGUCGGGGAGGCGACGUGGCCCAGGAGGUCGCCCUUCACGUUCCAUCCGCAGGGGUUCUAUCGAACCCUGAAAAAGCGGGUAGGGGAAAGGUUGGGGAAGGAGAAUGGUCCAACGUGGAAGUCAAGGCUUUUCCAAGAUUUGCUCUUGGUGGCCUUCCUCCUUGCGUUUUUGCGAGCUGCUGUUACGGGUGCGCGGCUGUGGGCCGUGGUUACUGGGACUUGCUUAGCCCUUGCCAUCAACUAUGCUCAUAAUUUCUUUCACAUGAGGGAUAAUGUGAGGAUGUACGUCUUCGACCUCAGCUGUUGGUCGUCCCGGGAGUGGAGGAUCUCUCAUGCGCUCAGUCAUCACCUGUUUCCCAAUACGAUCUUGGAUGCGGAGAUCAUCAUGUUCUAUCCUUUCCUCGACUAUCUGCCCAGAGCCUCCAAGGGAUUUCUGCUCAAGUACUUCUCCCGCAUCUACAUCAAUUUUCUAUUCCCCAUCUUCAUGCCCCUGGACCUGACAAAGAGGUACCUGAACGCCGUGGUGGGGAAGCAGUCGCUUCAUCCCGAGAACCUUCUACCUCUGGCAGAGCUGGCGAUCCUCGCGUUCUCUCGAGGGUUCGGGGAGGGACUGUCCCUGUGGAUGUGGAUCCACGGGUCGUGCUCUGUAGUCUUCCUCAUCAUUGGUCUCACGGCAGCGCACCAUCAUGAGGAUAUCUUCCACGAUGGGGACCGGCCGUCCCCCGAUCGGGAUUGGGGUGUGGGACAGCUGCAGGCCAUCGGGGAAAGGACGGAGGUGAUGGGAAGUCCCUGGCUCUCGGGUAUCACCUUCGGGGAUCACAUUCUUCAUCACCUCUUCCCUACGGUGGAUGCUUUUCGUCUUCCAGCGCUCUAUCCCGUCUUGGAGGAGACGUGUCGGGAGUUCCAUGUUCAGUUCAACCGGUUCACCUACCCUGAGCUGGUGAUAGGAAUGUAUCGUCAGACGGGUCGCACUGUCACGAACCCUAAAAUUCCAAUUUCCAACUGUGAAUGA